GCCAGACUUCACCUUCCUUAAUUACGAGCUUAUCUAUGGAUUCAUCUCUCACUCUUCCUCUUUUUAACACCAAAUUUUUGCUUUGUCACUUCUCACUUUAUUAUUAACCCUCUCUCUCUCUCUCCAUUUACUCCCCUUUGCCCGCCAACCACUUUCUUGAUUUUCCGGCGUGAUGUCGCCGGAGAGCCCCCCAAACGGCGGCGAGCCCGUCCCCCUUGCCUCCCACAACGACGUCGUAAAGGAUAGAACCCUCUUCUUCAACACCCUCAGAAGCUUCCACCACGCCCUCCUCUCCAAAUUCUUGAUUCCGGUGAUCGGAGGGAAGGAGCUGAAUCUGCAUGUGCUGUAUGUCGAAGUAACCCGAAGAGGCGGCUACGAUAAGGUUGUGGCGGAGAAGAAAUGGAGGGAGAUAAGCGCGGUGUUCGACUUCUCUCCGACGACGACGAGCGCCUCCUACGCUUUACGGAAGCACUACUUCACCCUCCUCCGCCGCUACGAGCAGCUUUACUUCUUUCGGAACCAAGCCGCCAUGCUCAAUCACACAGCAGGCUCUCCCUCAUUCCAUGCCAUAGGAACAAUCGACGCCAAAUUCGACUGCGGUUACCUGGUCUCGGUGAAGUUAGGGGACGAGACGCUCAACGGCGUGCUCUACCACCCGGGCUAUCCAGGUGGCGCGGCCGCAGCCCCUCCCGCGUGCACGGCCCUGGUCCCCUACACUCCAGUGCCUCAUCAGCCAGGUCGCCGGACAAGAAGGAGAAGGUCGACUGAUCCGAGCCGUCCCAAACCCAACAGGAGCGGCUACAACUUCUUCUUCGCAGAGAAACAUUCGGCUCUCAAAUCUCUCUACCCGAACAGGGAGAGGGAGUUCACGAAAAUGAUCGGCGAGUCGUGGAACAAGCUCUCCCCUGAAGACAGAGUGGUUUACCAGAACUAUGGCUUGAAGGAUAAGGAAAGGUACCAGAAGGAAUUGAAAGAGUAUAAGGAGAGGUUGAAGAUGGGGCAGACCUUACCUUUUUGAGCUCCACAAAUUCAAGACUGCUUUUUUAAUUCAUUUUGAGAUCUAAAACUGAAACAUACCUGCAGAGAGAGGCUUCCUUCCUUUGUUUAUUCAAUCUUCAUGGAAAGGUUCUAGAUCUUA